CCGUAAAGCGGGGCCGGCGCAACACCGCGCGCGGCGUUACGGCAGCGGGAGGCGGCGGGGCCGGGCCGGAGCGGCGGCGGCGGCGGGUGCGGGCGGAUGCCCGGGGGCGGGGGCAGCCCGGCGCCCGGCACUCAGGUGGGAGCGGAGGCGGGCGAGUCGGGCGGCGCGGCAGGCGGCGGGCCGGCGGGCGGCAGGAUGAGCCUGUCGCCGAAGGAGCUGUCGAGCCUGCUGAGCAUCGUGUCGGAGGAGGCGGGCGGCAGCACCUUCGAGGGCCUCUCCAGCGCCUUCCACCACUACUUCGGCAAGGCCGAACACUUCCGCCUGGGCUCCGUCCUCGUCCUCCUGCUGCAGCAGCCCGACCUGCUGCCCAGCCCCGCGCAGCGCCUCACCGCGCUCUACCUCCUCUGGGAGAUGUACCGCACCGAGCCCCUGGCCGCCAACCCCUUCGCUGCCGUCUUCGCGCACCUGCUCAACCCCGCGCCCGAGCGCGGCGGCGACGAGGCCGAGCGGACGCCGCUCUCAGGCUUCUUACCUCCCAUAACUCCUCCAGAAAAAUUCUUUCUUUCUCAGCUGAUGCUGGCCCCCCCUAGAGAACUGUUCAAGAAGACUCCUCGACAGAUUGCUUCAAUGGAUGUGGGGAACAUGGCCCAGUCAGUGGAUAUAAGUGGUCUUCAGCUGGCAUUAGCAGUAUUCCAGGCAUCUCUGUUUCAAUUUUAUGCUUUAAUAUCAUGGACUGGCCUUCUUUCAGAACGUCAGUCCGAAUUGCCAACGCAGAGCAAGGCCAGCUUCCCCAGCAUUCUCAGCGAUCCUGACCCAGAUUCUUCCAACUCCGGUUUUGACAGCUCCGUUGCCUCCCAGAUCACGGAAGCCUUAGUGAGUGGACCAAAACCUCCUAUAGAAAGUCACUUUCGACCAGAGUUUAUUCGACCGCCGCCUCCACUCCAUAUAUGUGAGGAUGAAUUGGCGUGGUUAAAUCCGAUAGAGCCAGAUCACACAAUUCAGUGGGAUAAGUCAAUGUGUGUUAAAAACAGCACUGGAGUGGAGAUAAAAAGAAUCAUGGCAAAAGCUUUUAAAAGUCCCUUGACUUCCCCACAGCAGACACAGCUCCUUGGAGAACUGGAAAAGGACCCCAAGCUCGUUUACCAUAUUGGUCUCACUCCUGCCAAAUUGCCAGACCUGGUUGAAAACAAUCCUUUAGUAGCUAUAGAAAUGUUGCUGAAACUGAUGCAGUCCAGUCAGAUAACAGAGUAUUUUUCUGUCUUGGUCAACAUGGACAUGUCCUUACAUUCAAUGGAAGUUGUAAACCGGCUUACUACUGCAGUUGAUCUCCCACCUGAAUUUAUUCAUCUUUAUAUCUCCAAUUGUAUCUCCACCUGUGAACAGAUUAAAGACAAAUAUAUGCAGAACCGCUUGGUGCGUCUUGUUUGUGUCUUUCUUCAGUCUUUAAUCAGAAACAAAAUUAUUAAUGUCCAGGACUUGUUUAUAGAAGUGCAAGCAUUCUGCAUUGAGUUCAGUCGGAUACGAGAAGCAGCUGGCCUCUUCAGAUUGCUGAAGACAUUAGACACUGGGGAAAAUCCAUCAGAAACAAAAACAUCAAAAUAAAAACACUGUGUCACUGGAAAACAAACAAACACCCACACCAAAAAACCCCACUACAAUCCUGCCAGCGUUCUAUACCAAUUAAUUGUAUAUUUUAAACUUAAAUCACUGGAUUAAUUAUAAGUAACGUUUUAUGCGUUUAAACAAUAAAUGCUUUUUCUGAUA